GUCACCAAGAAGCGGAUUAAAGAAGAAAUACUAGUCCUAGGAAGGUUCACAGGCGGAAACAAACUUCUGCAGAAAUGGACCCGAUUAAGGCAUUGCUGGAAAAGUCUUCCUUGGGGAAAUUAUAGGUUUCUUUCUGCCUACUAGUUUAGGUAGCGUAAAUAUCUUGGAUCAUAGUUCCUUGCAUAUUUCCAUAAUUAACAAGGAUGCUGCCACCCCCUUUCCCCAGCAAACAGUCACCCGUCUGUGAUGUCACCGUGAUGCACACGGUCACCACGGUGACGUUUGUGACCAUCCCAACCCACUCCCCACUCCUCACACCACGGGUGCCAUUGCGCUCCAUUCUGCUGCUGGCAGGACGACCCUGGUUGGCCGGGGAGACCGCUGCGGACAGAAAUUUCUGUCAGGGCGAACAAUUAAUGAUUCAAAUGGAGACAUCUUCAUCAGAAACUCCUGGAGUUUCUGCUCCAAAUGCUGACUUGGCAGACUCGGCUUCUCCUGUCCCACAAAGACGGGGUAAAAGAACCGCUCGGGAUGCUGCCUUAGGACCGACACGAGAAGAAAACACUUCUCAGGGUUCACAGGAGGAAUCCUGUGCAAAAAGACAACGGCUUAAUCUUUCCACCAAGGGCUCCUGCAAAGCCCAUAAGUCGUCAUGCUUCUUUCUAAGGAAGCUCCGUGAAAUUGUGGAAAGCGACUGCUUUCAGUCCAUCUGGUGGGGUGACGAUGAAAACUCCAUUGUGAUUGAGGAAACCCUCUUCAGAACAGAAGUGCUGGGAAGGACAGGACCUCUGCACAACCUCAACAUUGGUUGCAUGAAAGCUUUCGUUCGCCAGCUCCAUCUGCACGGAUUCUUCAUUGUGGACAGCGAUUUGCCCACAUCUGCCUCACGGGCAAAAUUCCCAGCAGGCGGAGCCGCGUCUCUUCCCAGUGAGUUACUCU